AACCAAACUGUUGGAACUUAUGAGGAGCUCCAAACUUACCUUGAAGGUUAUGUGGCUAAUCUGGCCCAGGCAGAUGAAAAACGGCAUGCAAAAGGAAGAUCCUUCUGUGGACAGUUGACCAAAGAGGUCUCUUUGGAGAUGAUAGAGCUGAAGGAGAAAGUUAAAGUGAAAAAUGAGAACAUGGCUUUUGCUAUGAAGUGUAUAAAGAAGAAACAUGUAGUGGACACCAAACAACAAGAGCAUAUCUAUUCUGAGAAGAAAAUCCUUGAGCAGAUAUGUUCUCCAUUCGUUGUAAAACUGUAUCGCACAUUCAAAGAUAGUAAGUAUGUAUACAUGCUACUGGAGGCUUGCCUUGGAGGGGAAUUGUGGAGCUUGCUGAGAGACAGAGGCAGCUUUGACGAAGUCACUACCAAGUUCUGUGUUGGGUGUGUGACAGAGGCUUUUGACUAUCUACAUCACAUAGGAAUUAUCUACAGAGACCUGAAGCCAGAAAAUUUGAUUUUGGAUGCUGAAGGAUAUAUAAAACUGGUUGAUUUUGGAUUUGCAAAGAAGAUCGGAUCAGGGCAGAAAACUUGGACGUUUUGUGGAACCCCUGAGUAUGUUGCCCCUGAAGUCAUCCUGAGUAAAGGCCAUGACUUCAGUGUGGAUUUUUGGUCCCUUGGGAUUCUUGUGUAUGAACUUCUUACUGGCAGUCCACCUUUCUCUGGAGCUGAUCAAAUGAUGACAUAUAACUUGAUUCUCAAAGGCAUUGAAAAACUGGAUUUUCCUAAAAUAAUAACAAGGAGGCCUGAGGAUUUGAUCCGCAGACUCUGCAGGCAAAACCCUACGGAAAGAUUAGGCAAUAUGAGGAAUGGAAUUAAUGACAUCAAGAAGCACAGGUGGUUGAGUGGUUUUAACUGGGAUGGUCUGAAAGUGAGGAAAUUAACAUCACCUUUAAAAAGAGAGUUGUCUGGACCAACUGAUUACAGCUACUUUGACAGCUAUCCACCUGAAGAGGGAACCCCUCCAGAUGAACUUUCAGGCUGGGACAAGGAUUUCUGAUUUUUUUUCUUCCAACACAUUUAUAGAGACUCAUAGGCAUCAAUUCUAAAUCUGCUGUCUUGUUUCUUGCUUAAAAUCAAAUUACACAAGGUUCGUGACAAACACAAUAUUCCUUGAAGGACCGAAGACAGUACAGCAGCCAAAACUUGUUUAGAUGAUGCACCAAAAUCUGCGUGCAUCUCUUUAUAACAA